AGCGUACCGGCGAGCGCGGCCGCGAAGAAGCGAGCGACAGUUCGGCGAUUGCGGCCCGGCACGUAAGUCGUGCACGUGUGUCCGUCGCGUGAGACGCUCCUUGCCACGUGGUGAUACGCGAGCGUGCGCGCGCGCGCGCGCGGGCUUUUCCUCUCUCUGUCUCCCUGUAUAAAUAUUCUCUGUCCUUUUUCCGUCUCCGCUUAUCUUUCUCAGCUUCCGCUUUCCCUCCGCCUUGCCCACAUACAUAUGUCACCGCGUCGCACGCACUCGCGGUAAUGCUCACGCGGCACGCCGCGGCAACCGUCGUCGCCCGAACGCUCCGAGCCGUCGCGUGGAAACGUGCGUGACGCUCGCGUGCGCGCGCGCGUGUGCUCCGAUUUUCGGGGAGGACUUUUCAACGCGACGCGCCGGACAAAGCCGAAGAUGCCGGACAAAGUAGCCCCGGCGGAGAAGCAAAUCCUGCGGCCCGCCGCCGCCGCGGGAUCCAACGGCGACGACGCGGGCGUCAAGCUGAAGAAGGAGCUGGGCCUGUGGGACGGCGUGGCGAUCAUCGUCGGCAUCAUCGUCGGCGCCGGUAUCUUCGUGUCGCCCAAGGGCGUGCUUAGGAACAGCGGCAGCGUCGGCCAGGCUCUCUUCGUCUGGAUCUUCUCCGGGAUCCUGUCGCUCAUCGGAGCUCUAUGUUACGCCGAGCUCGGUACGAUGAUCCCCAAAUCCGGGGGCGAUUAUGCGUACAUCAGCGAUGCCUUCGGACCUUUGCCGGCGUUUCUUUAUCUUUGGGUGGCUUUGUUCGUCCUAGUACCAACGGGGAACGCGAUCACAGCUCUUACGUUCGCACAGUACAUACUGCAACCUGUAUGGCCCGGAUGCGAACCGCCGUAUGCAGCGGUGCGACUACUCGCUGCCGUGAUCACAUGUCUGUUGACCGUCAUUAAUUGCUACAAUGUCAAAUGGGCGACCAGAGUGCAGGAUAUAUUCACCGGCACCAAGAUCUUCGCCCUGGUAAUCAUUAUGGUGGCCGGUUUCUGGUGGCUCUGCAUGGGCCACACGGAAAACUUCCAGUAUCCGAUGGCUGGCACGAACACCCAGCCCGGUUACAUCGCUCUGGCAAUUUAUUCCGGACUGUUCUCCUAUUCGGGCUGGAACUAUCUCAACUUCGUGACGGAGGAACUCCAAGAUCCCUACAAGAAUCUUCCGAAGGCGAUUUGUAUAUCACUGCCGCUGGUAACAGUGAUUUAUGUUUUCGCGAACGUCGCCUACUUCGUCGUACUCACGCAGGAUGAAAUACUCGCAUCGAAUGCCGUCGCUGUUACCUUUGGCGAUAAACUGUUGGGCGUUAUGUCAUGGAUCAUGCCAUUUUUCGUGGCAUGCUCGACUUUCGGAGCAUUGAACGGGGCGAUCUUCGCGUCGUCAAGGUUGUUCUUCGUCGGUGCCCGAAACGGACACCUCCCCACUGCCAUUGCCCUCAUUAAUGUCCGCAACUUGACGCCAAUGCCAUCCCUCAUUUUCCUCUGCAUUAUCACCCUGGUACUCCUCAUCAUAGAGGAUGUCUACGUACUAAUAAAUUAUGUCAGCUUCGUUGAGGCUCUAUUUACCACACUCUCCGUGUCUGGUCUGUUGUGGCUACGUUACAAAAAGCCCAAUCUCCAUCGUCCGAUAAAGGUUUCCAUAAUUUUGCCAAUCAUCUUCUUCAUAAUCUGCGCAUUCUUGGUCACCUUCCCGUUUUACGUCUCACCAUGGGAAGUAGGCGUAGGUAUCAUCAUAAUUCUGUCUGGCAUUCCCGUGUACUGUAUAUUCAUCGAUUGGAAAACGAAGCCCGCCUGGCUCAUCAAUGCAUCCCAUAAUUUUAAUUUGAUGUGCGCGAAGCUAUUCAUGUGCGUGGAAGAAGACAAGACGGAAUGAGUGCCCGAGACUAGUACUAAUCAUUGAAAAAUUCCAAACUGUGACCCGAAUUUAAGAGUGCAUUCCGCACGCGUCGUACUUUUUCUUAGGUAGGUAGAAUACCUAAUAUAUAGUUGCGAAUACAGAUAUAAUGUCCAUCAUUGUCAUCUAUUGAACAACCGCAUGAUUGCAUAAGUAUUAAUGGUAAUGCGCGAGCAAACACGGUACUGUCGUCGAUAGAUUCAUAAUUUUUAUAUUCUAUAUAUACAUAUAUAGAUAUACUUGCGGAAGUAAUUUUUAUACACACAUAUAUAUAUAUAUAUACAUAUAUAUAUAUUUGUGAUUAUUUAUUGUUUAAUAAGUGCCUGUACGCCAUUGCUGUAAUCUAUUAGCACGUAAAUUGUAUUCGAGUGCCAAUUUUUGACACUGCCCGGCGUACUCGAAAUGUAUGCUUCAAAAAGAUAUUUAAGAUAAAUAUUUUUUGAUUAUGUAAUCCGUACAUAUGUUUAUGCCGCAUUUUCAUUGGCCACGUUGGAUUAUACAGGCAUAAUAUAAAAUAAGAGUUUUUACAUUAAGGCAUAAUAUAAAGAGAAUCUAGCAAAAUUAUUAAAUAACGUCAGCAGAACCGAUAUAUAAUUUCGAGUUGAAUUUUUUAAGGACUUUAGGUCAAUUGUAGCGUUUAAUUUAUUUGCAUUUAUUUAAGGACUGUCAUUAUUGCACAUAUCUAAUCAUUCAAAUUCAGUGAAAUGAUGACUACUGAUUUCGAGUCUCGAAUUGUAAAUAUAAUGGAAUAAUGUAAAGCUUGUACACAUUGCACGUAAAUAUAGUCUCGUAAUUGAAAGAGAUAUAUUUACAAGAGAUAUAUAAAGGAUUCUGCUUUAAUUAUUAAUUGUAUGUACAACAUUAUAUAAUUUUGACAAUCAUUGAUUAAUUAGUUAAUUUAAAUUUCUUUCCCUAAGAAAUUUGAGGUUUCAAGCGAAAAAAAGAGAACCUAAAAGAAAGUAGAUUCUUUCGUACUUUCAAUUAUUUAAGAAAUAUAUGUAGUAGAGCUUCUGUUUUAAAUUAAAUAUCAUGAAUGAAACGAUUUUAAAAAGGUCAUGAAGGAAAGCGUUAAAAGAAAAACGGAAUGUUUAGCUGUCUGAAGAAUUUUAUCGCCUCUCGAAACGUAUGUACGAAUGAUAAUCAUAUUUUCAAAUAUGGAUUGUGAAUGCUAAUCUAGUAUCGUUGCCUAAAUGAUAUUUGUAUUCUAAUCAGAUGCUCAAGUAUCGAUAGGGAAUUAUUUGGAACAAAUUGCAUUCGAGAAUGAUCGAUUAUGUGCCUUAUACGUGAGCAAGAUUAUAUAUUCUGUAAGGUAAAAUAGGAUAUUGUUUAAAAUGCAUAAUGAUUAAGUUGUAUGUACACGGAAAAAAAAUGAUGUAUUAACAGCAUUAGCCAACAGCAGUAAUUUCGAAAAUAUUCUUGUUCAUACAAUAACAGUAUUAAAUAACAUUUAAUUUUAAUUUUAAACAAAUAGCAGUUAAAAAACAUUUUAUUAGUACAAGAACAUAUUUGCUUUACUGUGUUGAUAUUGUCAUUGAAUUAACAAGAUUUUCAAUUAGAUCGGCUAAUACUGGUAAAACAACAUAAAUGUUUUUCUGUAUAUUAAAGGCAAAUUGUGAAUAAGAACAGAUACGUAUGUAUAUUUUAAAGGAAUUUAGAGACAAAUAACAAAUCUUUGAAUAGCAACUUUAUUCCAACAGAUUUGAUAAAACGGCGUUGUAAAUCGCUUUUAAGUAUAACUUGCAAUUAGUUUAUAAGCUGUUAACGGAGAUAGGAAAGAUUAGCACACAUCUCGUGCUGUACACAUUUUUUUGUUCGUACAUUCCUAAAUUUCUAGAACGUAGAAUGUGUUGUGUGGUGGAAAAAAGACACAGUAUACAUAUGCCUGCCGUCAAACUACUGUUACUACGGCAAAUAGGCCAAAAGUACUGUUAAUAUGCGCCGAAAUAGCAACGGUUUCUCAUGUUUAAUUCCAU